UCGGCAACGACCCCGCGAGUUUCGGUAUAUACGAUGGUUAGGAAAGCAAGCAAGACCUCUGAUGUCCAGGUUGCACCUACCCGGGAUAGAAAAUCAAGACAGAAAGUCAAGAAGAAGGUGGAAGAUGACAAUGACGAUAAGAAGGAUGUGAAGAAGGAAAAAUCUUCUGAUGGAAAAUCAGGAGAUAAAGGCAAGAGAAAUUUGGAGGAUGGCACUGACAAGGUUUCGAAGAAGCAUAAAACUGCAGCUGAGAAAGAUUUGCCUAUGAAGAAUGACACUGGUGCAAAGAAGGAUUUAAAAAAGCAAACAUCUUCUGAUGGAAAAUCAGGAGAUAAAAGCAAGAGAAAUUCGGAGGAUGGCGCUACCAACGUUUCCAAGAAGCAUAAAGCUAAGAAACAACUCCCUCCAAAAGAGGUCGAAAGCAGCAUUUCUGAUGAGGAUUCUUCAGGUUCCAUGGAGAAGGAUGGCACUGCCAAGGUUUCGAAGAAGCAUAAAACUGCAGCUGAGAAAGAUUUGCCUAUGAAGAAUGACACUGGCACCAAGAAGGAUUUAAUAAAGCAAACAUCUUCUGAUGGAAAAUCAGGAGGUAAAGGCAAGAGAAAUUCGGUGGAUGGGACUACCAAUAUUUCCAAGAAGCGUAAAGCUAAGAGCAGCAUUUCUGAUGAGGAUCCUUCAGAUUCCAUGGAGAAGCCAAACACUCAAGCAAGUGGUAGUGAACCUAAUCAGCCAAAUACCUUUUUUGCUGCAAAGCCAAAUUCGAUCAUUGUUGGAAACUUGGCACACAACGUGAACCAAAAGCAUUUGCGGAAAUUUUUUCAGGUGGCGGGUAAAAUUGUGGGAAUUAAUUUACCUACCUUUGAUGAUGGGACAUGCGUGGGAUCCGCACAAGUUGAAUUUGCCACAAAUGAAGCUGUUCAUAAGGCAUGCAAAUUAAAUGGUCUUGAUUUGAAGGGACGGGCUGUCUCACUGAAUUUUGGUCAUGAGCGACUUACAUUUAAUCCUGACAGCUGUAUGUUCAAGAAGCCUCCUAAUUUCUCCAGCGAUACCGUCUUGAUCAAAGGAUUUGAUGCAGCCUAUGCUGUGGUACAGAUCACGAGGUUACUUAAGAAUCAUUUUUCCUCCUGUGGGGUUAUCACAAAAACAUUAAUCCCGGUGGAUAUUGAAACUGGCGCAAGUAAAGGGGCUUUAUUCAUGGAAUUCCGUGACCAGCUUUCUGUAUCGAAUGCGUUGAAACUGAAUGGAUCUCGCUUUGAUGGUGGCCUCACCUUGAGUGUGGAGGAGGCAGAAGUUUUGGCAGAACCUAGAGCAAAUAACAGAAGCUUUGACGGGGGCCGUGGUGGCAGACGCGGUGGCAGGGGCCGUGGUGGCAGACAGGGUGGCAGGGGCCGUGGUGGCAGACGGGGUGGCCGUAGUUAG